AUGAGUCAAUUAGACAUAUCAACUUUAAAAAUAGUUAUGCAAUACUUAGAAGCGCCAGAAGAUAUUUUAUGCGUUGUUCUAAUUUCCAAAAAAUGUAAAACUCUUCUUGAUGCUAUUAGUAUUAACCCAAUCGAAAUAUCAGACAAAUCGCGACUUUUAUUCCAACACCUUAAAACUCAACGCCUAUUUUCUGAACAUUCACACAAACUUACAGGUGUCGACCAUUAUUUGUAUGAAUAUCCAAUUUCAUAUUCGUGUUAUUUAAAUGAAAAAACAAAAGGUAACAUAUGUCCUUAUGUUUGUUACAACAAAGAUGACUUUUCUAAAAACACUUUCAAAGACUCAAUUGGGACUUUUAAUAUACCGCAAGGCGUCGUUUUGAUCGGGCAGUUCUGUUUUUUAAACACCAAAUUCACACGAAUUGAAAUUCCGGAUUCGGUGAAAGAAAUUGGGUGUUCAGCAUUCUGGAGGUGUGACAUCAAAAAGCUUUGUAUUCCAGAUUCAGUCACUUGCAUAGAAAGUAAUGCAUUUGCUGCAUGUAAAAAACUUGAACAAGCAACACUCCCGAAAUACCUCACCAAGCUUCCGUCCAGACUUUUUGAAGGGUGUUCUUUACUUACAAAAAUUCAAUUUCCAAAUCAGUUCAGUACCGGAGAAAAGUGCUUUGAAGGUUGUGGAAUUGUCAACUUUACUGUUAAUAUGAACAGAGAUGUAGGCAGAGCUGCACUGAGUUUGUCACUUCUCACAAGAAUUGAUUUUUGCGAAGUCAAAUAUGUUGAAGAAAAACUUUGUGAAAAGGCUGAACAUCUUCAAAUUGUUCAAAUGAAAGAUGUAUUGGGUAUCAAGAGAGAUGCUUUUAAAGAAUGUAAAAGUCUUAAAAAUGUCAUUUAUUCCGAUAAUUUGAGUUUCAUUGGGGAAUGUGCGUUUUGGGGGUGUUCUUCUCUUGAAAAGUCUGAACUGCCGAAAACUGUUGUUUACAUAGGAAAUUCUGCAUUCGACCAAUGCAUUAAUAUUCAAACAUUGGUUUUUCCAAAAACAGUUAAAUUUGAAGGAAAUUCGCAUUUUGAAAAUUGCACGUCUUUAAAAAAGCUUGAAAUUCCAAUUGAAAAUUUACAUGAAAAUGGUUUAAGUAUUUCUGAAAAUGAAAAAAACAUAUUGAUGAAGUUGAAAAAAAUGAAAGGACAAAUAAAUGGUGUUUUGAUUACCGAAGGCUAUUUUGAUCUCAACAAGUUAGAAGUUAUGGAUGACAAUAUGACAAAGUUGAUGUUUAAAAACGUUAGUGGAAAGAAUUAUGAAAUAUCGUAUUUGCCAUCAACACUAGUUAGAUUAGAUGUCACCAAGCAAAGUACUGAGUUUUUCAUGUCGGAAUUAAGAAUACCAGAGAACCUCUUUUUAGAGAGUCGAACAUGUAGUCUCGUCAAUUCAGUUGAAACCCCAAUACUUCCAAAAUGCCAAACAGUUCUUUGUAAAAAUUUUGUGGUUAAUGCAUUUUGUGAAAACUUGAAAAUUUUUGUUGUUCCUGAAACUGUUUUAAAAGUGGAACAGGACGCAUUUAACUGUUGUUACUUUUUAACAGAAAUUAAAUUUCGAUGUAAAGAUACUAAAAUGGAACAAAACUUUUACAAUGAGUGUGACUCCCUACAAAAAAUCACUUUUUCUGAUGGAACUAAUCAAUUAAAAGACGAAAUCACUUGUGUUAAUUCCAAGGAAAUAAGUCCAAAUCGUUUGAAUAGUUCGCAUGCGGUCAGAAAUUUUGAAAUAACUGGAGAACGAAUAGUAAUACCAAAGACAGUUACAGUUUUUAAUUUUGAAUGUUUAAAUGACAAUACCAAAUUAAAAGAACUUCAAAUAUUAAGUGACAAAAUUGUGUGUGAUGAAAGUUAUCCUCUUGAUUCCAAUAGUGUUACAAAGAUAUGUAGUUCUAAGGAAAUAAUAAAUGAUAUUCCAGUCUCAUACGGCUUUUUUAUCAGAAUGAAAACACUUGGAAAUUAUGAUUUUAAAAAUGUAAUUUUUACAUACAACGACAAAAAGAAGUAUGGUGAUAUGUACAUUAAAAGAUACUUAAAAAGUCCAAUACAAAUCUUUGAUAUUUAUAAAGAAUCCAAAAGUGAUUCAAAAAACAAAGGAAAUAUUCUUCUGAAUCGAAUACAUUCAGUCAAAUUUACUAAAUUUGCAAAUUUUAUGAACAAUACAUAUUCAAAUAACAAUUUCGAUUAUAUAGAUUUAAGUUGCGUUGAUUGCAUCCCAUCCAAAUUUUUCGAAGGAGUUUUUGGAAAUUGUUAUUUUGUCACGAAAAUAACACUCUCAGAUAAACUUCAAGUUAUAGAAAACUUUUGUUUCGAAAAUUGUUUUUCUUUAAAACACAUAAAUAUCCCAAUGAGUGUGACAAAAAUAGGAAACAAAGCAUUUAAAAAUUGUUACAAUUUGGAAGAUAACAAUUUACAAAGUAUAAAUAAUAAAUGUAUGAUUCUUAAUUACUCAUUCGAAAAUUGUCACACAUUGAAACAAAUCAAUUUAAAUUUUACUGUGAAUUUGGCACAUUUUG